AUCCGGAGAGAGGAGCUGCCGCUGCCGCUGCAGGACGUCUCAUAUUUCCUCAAUUUAUUUCAUAACCGUGAAUGGGAAAGCUCGCGUAAACGUCCCGCUGCUGACUCUGUAGCCCAGCAGGGCAAGGUCCCGGAAGAAAAGCGGGUUAUUUCCUUGUGAGGAGGACGGAGGCGAACCAUGGCGGCGGCGACCGUUGCGGAGGCUGAUCCGGCGGCGAGCGAAGGCGGGACCGGUUUCACUGGCGUCCAGAACUGGGACUGGGAUGAGUCUCAGCUGCGGAAAUAUUCGUUCCCAACACAGCCCAUUCCCAGACUGUCUCAUACGGAUCCCAGAGCAGAGAUGCUCAUCAACAACGAGGAACCGGUGGUGUUGACGGACACAAACCUUGUGUAUCCAGCUCUUAAAUGGGACAUUGAAUACCUCCAGGAGAACAUUGGGAACGGGGACUUCUCUGUUUACACGGCAGAAAAGCACAAAUUCCUCUACUAUGAUGAGAAAAAAAUGGCUAAUUUUGAGAACUUUGUCCCCAAGUCUCAACGGAUGGAAAUGAAAUUCUCUGAAUUUGUGGAUAAAAUGCAUAUAACGGAGGAAAUGGGAGGAGAGGAGAGGGUUUAUCUGCAGCAGACCCUGAACGACACAGUAGGGAAGAAGAUUGUUGUUGACUUCCUCGGUUUCAACUGGAACUGGAUCAACAAGCAGCAAGCCAAGAGAAACUGGGGACAACUGACAUCCAACCUGCUGCUGAUAGGCAUGGAGGGCAAUGUGACACCAGCACAUUACGACGAGCAGCAGAACUUCUUUGCACAGAUUAAAGGCCAUAAGAGAUGCAUCCUCUUUCCUCCAGACCAGUUUGAGUGUCUCUAUCCAUAUCCUGUGCACCACCCCUGCGACAGACAGAGCCAAGUUGAUUUUGAUAACCCUGAUUAUGAGAAGUUUCCCGAUUUUAAAAAUAUUGCUGGUUAUGAGGCUGUUGUGGGCCCAGGAGAUGUGCUCUACAUCCCCAUGUAUUGGUGGCAUCACAUUGAAUCACUGUUAAACGGUGGAGUGACGAUCACUGUAAACUUCUGGUACAAAGGCGCCUCCACACCCAGAAAGAUCGAGUACCCGCUGAAAGCUCAUCAGAAGGUGGCCAUCAUGAGAAAUAUUGAGAAAAUGCUGGGAGAAGCACUUGGAGACCCACAUGAGGUUGGACCUUUACUGAAAACCAUGAUCAAGGGGCGAUACGAGCAGGAUCUCAGUUAGAGCCCCGAUCUUAAAACUCUUGUUUGUUUGACUGCUUCUGAAACGGUUUGCCGUGUGAAAGUGAGACUGCUCUGCGUGCGUAACGCACGUUCUGAUGUCGGAGCUACGCGUCACUGCACGGCAAUGAGCGGCCAUAUUGAAACCAUUCUGCUUCAGUUGUCUCCAAAGUGCCAGGGUCAUUGCAAAUACAUCGAUCAGAGAAGAAACAUCUGACUAACUCACGGGAAUCCGCCCUGCUUGAAGAAGUGUUUUUUUUUUAUCUUUUGUCUUUGAGAAUACGGCCCGAUUUGGCUUUAGUCCAGAUGUAUUUAUGUGAAUUAGUGUUCUCUCGACAUAAUUCAAGCUAAUGUGUAUUUGGGUGCAUUUGCUCACCCGGCAGAAGUUGUCAGAGAUCGGUACCUUUUGGAAUAACUAUAACAUUUUGACCACUAAUGGAUGAGGUAAGGGGUAUUAUACACACGUCAGUUAAAUACAGAACAUUUCUUAUACACGUGUAAUAACGCAGCUGUGGGUUGAUUACUAAGUGUGGAGUGAUCAUAUUGUAUUCUCCAUCUUUAUCACAAGGACAUCUUUAAAACUGACGUGGUGCAUACCUUUAAAGACGACCGGUCUUUUAAGUGUCUUUAAUAUAUUUAUCCACGUAAUCUGCGUCAUCUCCACGCCUACCUACAUGGUUUCAGGGAGUGAUCAGCAAGAGUUUUUUCUGUUGCAAAGAGGAAAGUCUAGGCAUGGUAUUAAUCACAGAAGUACAGUCAAUUUAAAAACUGCAAUUAAAUAUGAUCAAAAGUAUGUGCGGGUGCUCAUACUGCUGAAGGAAAAUGUGACCGCUUGCAGCUAAAUAGUUUUAACUGAGUGAUGCUGCUUUGUGUUUAUUUAUGCUCUUGCUCGUUUGAUUUGUUUGAAAAUGAAAAGAGAAGUAACUUUAAAAGGGGUUAAAGUUAACAGCUUCAAUGAUCGAUUUAUGUUAAAUCGAGGGACUGAAGUAGCAGGGCCAUCUGCUGGGACGUAGCUUAUGUACCAGCUAUCGCAACACAAUGUACCAUCUAGUGGUCAAGUUGUACAAUGUUGUACAUGAAAUACAACUAUUCAAUACGCUGUAUUAAAUGCAGCAGAUCUGAGAUGAAGGGGCGAUGAAAUGUGUACACAAAUGUCUAAUUCCAGAUGGAAGCCUGUACUCGCUCUUUUGAUUAAAAAUCCUCAGAAAUGCAGUUACUUUCACUUACCAUGCAGCCAUAUUUUGAAGACCUAAAACUGAGAGCGACUUAAAAGUUGUCUGUCUCUGUGCAAGUUUACCGUGCUCUUCAGAAGGGUUGUAAAAAUGUACAUUAAACUAAAGGGGAGGAUCAUUUGACAUGUUGUGCUGUAUGUGUGCCAAACCAUCAUACAAACCAGUGGGUGGGUUUGUUUGCAUGUGUCAUUGGAUGCAUCGGUGAGUGUCAGGAAUAUCCAAGCACUUAAUUCACCUGGGAAUAUACAGGUCUUAUGGUUACGGUUUAACUUUUAAAUAGUUUAUAUCGUGCAUAUCUAUUUCUAUUCAAGUUGCACCAUGAUGGGACAGAGAUACUUCCUCUGUAAAGAGUUUACCUGAUGUAAGACCUCUUCCAUUGUUAACCCUGUUUACUGCACGUGUGUGCCUCGCUUAGCAUGGCACUAAAUGUUGCAAUGACUUGAUUUUUUUUAUGGUCAAAAUGUUUGUUUUCACUCUGGCCUUAAACAGCUUUAAAGGUGGGAUUGACAAGGGUUCAUAGGAAUAGAGGCAUGUUUUUAUCGAUGGAUGCCUGUUUGAACAUAGAGUAUGUGCUCUCCUUUAUGCUCUGAUUAAAGUCUGUUUGCAAAGUUCUACA